AUGUCCAGCCCAGAACAGUAUGCAGAUGCGAACGUACGACAGAUCUUGAAAAUGCAUCGAACAGAGAUUGCAAUGGCCAUUGAUGACCUCUUCCCUUUCCUUCAUGGACUUACAGAUUAUGACAUUGUUACUGAGGAGAUGUUUCAGGAAACGCUGAAUUUUAAAGAGCGAGAAGGUACUCAUAAAGCUAUAUAUUCAUUACUGUCAUGGCUGCUGGACAGAGAUUUCUUGUACAUACAAGACUUUUGGAAGAUCACUUUUAAAGAUUACAACCUUGAAAGAUACCCUAGACUCCAGUCCAUUUACAACAGCUUUCCUAAAGAUAUAGACUUCAACAGACAGAGGAAAGCAAGAAAGGUGCAGAGCUGUCCAAAGGCUCAAAUACAAACCAAACAGCCAAUUAAGAGAAAACCGCCUUUAGAGGAAGAGCCUGACCAGUUAACCAGCAAUUCAAAGAGUUUGCAGAACCAAGGUAUCCAGACUGUUGCCACAUCUGUUCAGAGGGCUGUUACUGUGUCCUCCCAUGAGCAUCCCAUGAGUUGUGGAGCCACAGGAAUAGUUAUUAAACAAGUGUUUGAGUCAGGAAGUUCAAAAAAGUGCAUAAAAGUUGGCGGAGAAUACUAUUGUCCAAACAAAUUUGAUAACAUCAGUGGAAAAGGAAGAAGUAGAAAUCCCAAGAACAAUGUCUGCAAUAGAGGACUUCAAAAUGUACCCAAGAAUGACGAUGAGUGCGCUGUCUGCAGAGAUGGAGGAGAACUGAUCUGCUGUGAUGGCUGCCCAAAGGCCUUCCAUUUAACUUGUCUAAUUCCACCACUAAAUGCAAUUCCAAGGUAA